AUGGCGACCAAUGAAAAGUUUGAUGUUCGCGCUCCGUUUUUUGAUGGGACUGAUUAUGAUUACUGGAAGGCACGUAUGACCAACUAUCUCAAAGGCAAGUCGCUGAAGCUAUGGAAAAUCACACAAAAUGCCACAUAUGUGAUUCCAGCUGAGGAACCGACUGACGCCGCUGAGAUCGGGCUUCUUGAAACAAAUCAUCGUGCUGUUGCUAUUUUACAGGCUUCUAUUUGUAAAACUGAAUAUGAUCGGGUUUCUAGUGAAGAUCUCGCUUAUCAGAUCUGGGAGAAACUUAGAAAAUAUCAUGAAGGCUCAAACACUGUGAAAAACCGAAAAUUUGAGAUUCACCGAAAAGAGUUUGAUGCUUUUUGCCAAUUGCCUAGUGAGUCUAUUGAUGACAUGUUUGCACGUUUUCAAGUAAUUGUUAAUAAGAUGAAGGCCAUGAAUAGAAAUAUGCCUUAUGAUGAUCAUGCUAGGGCUCUCAGAUUAUUACAUUCACUUAAUGAUGAAUGGGAUAUGAAAGUUGAGGCGAUCGUUGAAUCUGUAGGUUAUGAAACUCUCACCACUGAUGAGCUUUACAGUAAGCUCAAAUCAAAAGAGAUUGAAAUUGUUUCUAAGCGUAAAUUGAAAAAUCCCACAGCUGCUUCUUCUUCUGACGUUCCAAUGGCUUUGGUUUCUGGAAAUAAGACUAACACUAAUGCUAAUCCAAAUGUUUCCAGUUUUGCUUUGUCUUCUUUGUGUCAUGUUGCAGAUGAGGAGUUGGAGGUGCUAGAUGAUGAUCAGCUUGUACUGCUCUCCAACAAAUUUAAGCGUGUGUAUGACAACAGGCGUAAUAGAAGACGUUCAGAUGGUUGCUUCAACUGUGGUGAGCGAGGACACUUUGCUGCUGAUUGCCCAAACAAGCAGAGAUCUUUUGAGCAGGGCAAUAACUCCUCCAGGCGCCAGGAGAAGUUCAGGGAGAGGAAGAAGAAGAAGGAUAAGCAAUGGAAGAAAGGCGGACAAAAAUACUCUGACAAGCAAGUCGCUAAGGCUGCAAAUGUUUUGUUAUCUUCUCUUGGACAGUAUGUUUCAGGUGGCUCGUCAGACUCCAGCGAUUCAGAUUCCGAGGAUGAGACACCCAAGAAGAAGACAGACGGACUUUGCUUCAUCACUGACGCCGGCAUCAAUGAUGGGAUAUGUACUAUGGCCUUGGAGGGUGAUGCAUCAACCGACAGCAACGAUGAAACUUCUGAUGAUGAGGUAGAUACUUCUGCAGAACAAAGAAUAGCUAAUUUAACUAAAAUUGUUCAUAAGCAAAAUAAAGUGUUGGCUAAACUUAAAACUGAUUAUGAUAAAACUUGUGCUGAACUAGCUACUCUCAAAAAUGCUGCAUCUAAUCCUGCUGAACCUGAUGAAUUUCUAAUGCUGAGGCUUCUGUCGCUCCUGCACGCAAGCUUUAUCAUUGUGAUUUUUGCAGUCAUGAUGGUCAUCUUUAUGAGUUCUGUUAUCGGAGGAUGCGUGCUGAACGACGUGAGCACCCCACACGUGGUUGGAGGCGAGGAGGACAUAUGGAUAAUGGACUCCGAUUGUUCGCGCCACAUGACCGGAGAUGAUAAAUGGUUCUCCAGCCUCACCCCCACGAGCGUAAAGGAAAACAUCACUUUUGGGGAUAAAAGUCAAGGUAAGGAUGAGGCUUUCUCACAUGUUCAUGAUCUUGUUCUGAAGCUGAAAAAUGAGUUGUCAAAUAAUGCCGUUAGAGCAAUUCGCAGUGACAACGGUGAUGACGAGAUCGGGCAGGAUAUUUUUGAGGAUGAGAAAGAGGACGAUGGAUGUGACGACGACGAUGACGAUGAUGCCCAGCCUGCAAUGCAGGGGGAGCGUGGCGCCCAGCCUGAGCAGGCGCCCUCCACCACUUUGGAGGAUGGACCAUCGCCGACACGUAUAUCUACAGCAGAGCCUGCAGCUUCACCGACUGUUGAUCAUGUACCGGCUGCAGUUGAGGGGGAGGCGAUUUCAGAACGUACAGCACCACGACACAUUCAGAAUCGUCAUCCUGCCAAGAACAUAAUAGGGAUGUGA